CGCAGCGCGAGCGCCUGCCGUGCUGAGCCGCGCCCGCCGCACGCGCGCCCGUCCCCGUCCCCUGCGGCCGCAGCCGCUACCGCCGCCCGGACUAGAGCGCUGACAUUACUGCAUUCGCGGGGUUCAAGGCAGCCCGGAUCCGGGCCUUUAUUUCUCCUCUGCAGCGCUCAGCACCGCGCCUCGAAAAGCCCAGGAAUCUCCAGGGAUGGCCUGAAGCUAGUCUCAACUCAGAUCAGUGGAGUUUGGCCAAAUCGAGACAUACAAGAUCAAGCGGACAUCGAGGUCAGUGCAUCUACCCUGGAGAGCGACCUGUGACUUAGGCCGAACACCCGAGCACCCUAGAAAGCUUAACUAAAAGAAUGCUCAUGUUUGACCCAGUCCCUGUCAAGCAAGAGGCCAUGGACCCUGUCUCAGUGUCAUAUCCAUCUAAUUACAUGGAGUCGAUAAAGCCCAACAAGUAUGGAGUCAUCUACUCCACACCGUUACCCGAUAAGUUCUUUCAGACCCCAGAAGGCCUGUCACCUGGGAUGCAAAUGGAGCCAGUGGACCUCACCGUGAACAAGAGGAGUUCACCGCCCUCUGCUGGGAAUUCUCCUUCCUCACUGAAGUUCCAGUCCUCCCACCGGAGAGCCUCGCCUGGGUUGAGCAUGCCAUCUUCCAGCCCGCCGAUGAAAAAGUACUCGCCCCCACCCCCGGGAGUACAGCCCUUCAGCAUGCCUCUGUCCAUGCCGCCGGUGAUGGCCGCCGCCCUCUCCCGGCACGGAAUUCGGAGCCCGGGCAUACUGCCGGUCAUACAGCCGGUCGUGGUGCAGCCAGUCCCCUUCAUGUACACCAGCCACCUCCAGCAGCCGCUCAUGGUGUCCUUGUCGGAGGAGAUGGAGAAUUCAAAUAGUAGCAUGCAAGUACCUGUAAUUGAAUCAUAUGAGAAGCCUAUAUUACAGAAGAAAAUUAAAAUAGAACCUGGGAUCGAACCACAGAGGACGGAUUAUUAUCCUGAAGAAAUGUCACCCCCUGUAAUGGACUCAGUGUCCCCCCCUCAAGCAUUGUUGCAAGAGAAUCACCCUUCAGUCAUAGUACAGCCUGGGAAGAGACCUUUACCUGUGGAAUCUCCAGACACCCAAAGGAAGCGGAGGAUACACAGAUGUGAUUAUGACGGAUGCAACAAAGUGUACACUAAAAGCUCUCACUUGAAAGCACACAGAAGAACACAUACAGGAGAAAAACCCUACAAAUGUACAUGGGAAGGAUGCACAUGGAAGUUUGCUCGGUCUGAUGAACUAACAAGACAUUUCCGAAAACAUACUGGAAUCAAACCUUUCCAGUGUCCGGACUGUGACCGCAGCUUCUCCCGUUCUGACCACCUUGCCCUGCAUAGGAAACGCCACAUGCUAGUUUGAAUGCGUCCGACUCCCGCCUCCCAUGGCUCCCCACUCGCCUGGCUCUCUCUCUGUCCUCCCGUUAUCUUAACUCAUUUUUUACAUGUACAUUUUAAUUUUGAUUCAGCUGGUCUGAAUCUCGGAAUUUAUAUCAUUCAAACUUCCAUAUGGUCAGUAGUAAAGAUUCUCUAAUCCUCCCUCUCCUUACCACGGGUCAGACCUAAAGAAUGUGAACACUUUUUUUUUUUUUCCGGGGAUGCUAAGCAAACCCUUCUUACAGAUACGUUUAAUGUAAUGAGAACAAGGGAACACAUAAACUAACAUAACCAAUUGUCGGUUUCUCCAUGUAUCCCUCAGAAGAAUAUCGAAGUAAAUGUAUUAGAAAUACAGUAUCAAGCCUGCUAGUCCUUGCCAGAGACGUUCAUACCUCUGUGCCCUGUGAUCGCAUGUCGUGCUGUACAGCAAAGAGAAGGGUGACCCCGUUCCCCGGUGAGCUAGAAGGGCAGCAAGAUUUCAGGCUAGUCCUGUCAGCUCUCCCAUUGUCCUUCACCAAUCGUGCUUGUCAAUGUGGCUUUAUCACUUCGUCAAAAUUAAGUCCUUUAUCCUCCUUUGGGCCUGCAGCUAAUAAGGAGGUCUUUACCACCGCGGGAAGAGGAGUCAGAGCUGUUGAUGUAGGUGGGCGCUGUCCGUCAGUUCAAGGGAUGGAUGCCGUGUUUGCAUCGCCUGGAGUUGGAGCAGAGGGGCUUUGAGCAGGGGGCAAAGGAGGAAGCUGGCCAUUCUUUCUAGGCUAGGGGUUUUCAGUGAGAGUUUGUCACUUGGUUAUCUGUGCAGUGCGUUCCCAGAGCUUGUCACUAUGCAUACUUAGCUGUGCACAACCGUACGGCAAAGCCAAGUACUGAUGGGGUUACCUACCAUGCCCCUAUCUCCAUUCCUACAGUGUCCUUAAUGGGGGUCAUAAGUAUUGAUAGGAGGGACGCCACAAAAGACAUUUGCCCAGUAAUGGUAAAGAAUCUUUCGGGGAAGGGUCUGAAUGGCCGCCUUUUACCUAACUUACAGCUUUUCUUGCAAACAGGGAAACAUUGAGUGGUAAUUAUAUUUCUAUCAAAUUAACCAUAUAGCCUUCAUACAGAAACUUCCGUGUGAACUAAAAAGUGCCAAAUUGGCUGUCAUUUGUAUUCAAGACCUAUAUCAUAAGGAAGCAUCUGCUAAUGCUUUAGAUUUGUUCAUUAAAACUUGAGUGACACUAUUUGUAAAUAUAAAUAGUUGUGAAGCACACGUACCUUUAUUUGGGGAGCAGAUUUCUGAAAAAUAGAGAAAACCACAGUGCAGGGAUUCAGAUACCGUGUUUCCCUGAAAAUAAGACAUAGCCAGACAAUCAGCUCUAACGCAUCUUUUGGAACAAAAAUUAAUAUAAGACCCCAUCUUAUUAUACUAUAACAUAAGACCGUGUCUUAUAUUUUUGCUCCAAAAGACGUGUUAGAGCUGAUUGUCUGGCUAGGUCUUAUUUUCGGGGAAACGGGGUAUGUAGCUCAAAAAUUCCCAAAUGUUUACUGUUGGAGCUGGCAAUCUUUUUUCACUAUCAGCUAUCCUGUCAGAAAACAAACAAAAUGACUCGUGUUUAUGUUGAAGAUAAAUAGCAUCAUUUGGGGGAAGUUUUUCAAAAGCAGGCUUUUGAGCAUCAUAGUCUAAAUGCCAAUAAAAAUAAUUCAUGCAUACAAAUGUCAUUGUUCCUAAAUUUGAAAGAAGUGGUCAAAUGUGGGUGCAUAUAAUCAAAUGCACCUUCAUAAAGGACGGAGAAGAGAGAAGAAUGGAAUCCUGAAGAUUCGUCCCAGCCACAACUCAGGAUCCUACACAACCUUAACUGGGAGGAAUACACUGUUGAAUUGUUUUUAGAACAUCAGUGAAUAAGUGAUUCUGGAGGCCUGAGAAUUGUGUGCGGAGCUUACUUUGGCGCUAUGUUAAUAAAAGUUAAGCUGUAAGGACUAUGCACCUAAAGAGAUCCCACCCACCAGCCCUCUGAACCGACGUCUCCGAAAGGAAACGUAGUUGAGAAAUGCAAAAUAAUUUGUUAUCUUGGCACUUGGUUUUUCUUUUCUUUUAUUUUUUUAAACACUGCAAAAUUUGUUUAAAAUAUUAAAACAUCCCAAUUGGGCUUUAUUCUUUUCUUUUUGUUUGCAACUAAAAUACGAAUUGAGGGAUAAAAAUGGCUCUUGGAAAAGUAGAUAUGGUCUGUAUUGUAAAUGCCUCGUCAUGUUCAUGCCAAAGUGUUUAUUUCUUGAAAUGGUUCUUCCACGACCCACCAAAGAUGGAGAUACUAGCUUAUGUGUGAUCCAACCCAUAAAAGGUGGGGAAAGGGGCAAGAAAGGGUAGAUGUGAUCUUUGAAUAAUUAGCUUUGAGUCCGUGUCCAGUUGAUAGAAAACUUCAUGGGUUCUCAUGAAGUUCAUUGUUCGCUAUGGCAUAUUAAAAUUUUGUUCAAAAGUGCAAGUAAGACCCUGCUGAGACUUACAUUACUGUUUAGCCUGCCUAGAUUAUGUGAACAGUUCAUUAACAAAGACCCAUUUGAGCACUGAAAGGAAAGCAACCCAAAGAAGCCAUUCUCAGUUCCCAUGCUGGCCCAUAUACUUUAAUUAUCAAUUGGCUCUUUCCAAAUUUUCCUUUUUUAUAUAUUUGUAUCUUAACUAUGAUAGUUGAGAAAUUUAGUCUUAGUCAAUUUUAGCUGUUAUUGUGGGAGGCCUCAAAUACAAGAUAAAGUGCCCUGAGCAUGUGGUUUUAACGGUGUGCCCUGUUAAUAUCAAUGGUAAUUUUAAUUGCAAUAUUUAAGUUGAUGAGAAUGAUUUGUAAACAUGGAGUUGGUGUUGUAUAAAUUGUUACAGAAUUUCUUCAGUUAUUAUCCAAGUGUCAUCUUGGGGAAGAAAUCAGAAAAGUUAGAUCUGAAUCCAUCCCAUUUUCGAAUUUUACAAUGUGAAUCUACAUCGUAAAUGGGCACUAACAUUCAGAGUCGCCUGGUUUGGAGACUGUUAGCAUAGGUGUGUUCCAAAAAGGAAAUGCUAAAUAUGCAGAAGUUUCAAGAGCCUUGGAACAGAUUUACAGGGGAACUAUAUACGUAUAUGUAUACUUUAUUAAACACCCAUCUGCACUAUCAGUGUUGCACUAAUGUGGAAUUUGAAAGACUAUAUUGCUGAUACUGUAUAUCUGCACAUCAUUCCUGGUUAGAUUGUUUUAAAGACAAUCUCAAAGAUCUCAAGUUUUAAAAUAAUUCAAUUGGUUUGAAAAUACAGUCAUCAUGAAAGAAUUGCUGUCACACAUGAAGUUACUCAGAGUUGUCUGUUCUCUUCCUGGUCAAGGUUAACAAUUUCUAAAUGAUUGCAAAUUGACUUAAGAAAUAAUACAUUUACAAAGCCAUUUUCCAUGCAUUAAACGAGGGCUACAACAAUGUUUUACAAAUACUAGCACUUUUUUGUUUUGCUGUUAUGUACUUAGUGUUAGAGGGUCAAAAUAAUCUUUCUGCUUAGCAUCUCUUAAACCAUACCUGCAAGUAUAGCAGGAUUAUUACAUUUACAGUACUUUAAUACUUGUAUAAACUAUGCAGAAAUUUUUAAUAAAGUGUAAUAUAUUUUAUAAGCUAAUAAGACUGAAUGGGUAAAGGUUUUUAGCAUGCAUUAGUAUACUUGCAAAUACUGAAACAUUUUGGUAAUCUUUCUUACUAAAGAUGUGAAUGUUUAAUGUACCUUCUCUGUUUCUACUCUGUAGUCCAAUGGGAAUUCAGUAAUGACAUUUUGUCAUGUCAAACUGUGAACAUAAAUUUGUACUGUACAGUCCUCAUAUACUAUAUACAGUAUGCAAUAUAUGUAUUAUAUACUUGUUAAUAAAACCAU